CGCUGUUGCAGGCGCAACCCAGGCGCGUCAGCUCCAGAAAAGUUUCGCGCAAGGCACCGCCCAGCUUGAGCUCAUCGCCAGCCUUGCGCCGCAAGUGCUUGAACUACCCACCCAAGAACCCGACAACCACCAACCUCCAACCACCAACCUCUGAUCAAUCCACCACAUCGCCGAGACCCCCGACCCUUUCGCACACAACGCUUUCCGUUAUCGACCGGUAGCAGUCGCCAAAGACUGACACGUGCAGCCAUGGUGCAGAUCAGCGAGAUCAAGGGCAACAACCGCGACAACCGCACCGCCGCCCACACCCACAUCAAGGGCUUGGGCCUCAAGUCAGAUGGCACGGCGGAGACACAGGCUGGCGGCUUCGUCGGCCAGGAGCAGGCUCGUGAGGCUGCCGGUGUCGUCGUCGACUUGAUUCGCGCACAGAAGAUGGCCGGCCGAGGCGUGUUACUAGCUGGCGGGCCCGGCACAGGCAAGACCGCGCUUGCGCUCGCCCUCAGCCACGAGCUCGGCACCAAGAUACCAUUCUGCCCCAUUGUUGGCAGCGAGAUCUAUUCCACAGAAGUCAAGAAGACAGAGGUCCUCAUGGAGAACUUUCGGAGGGCGAUUGGCCUCAAGGUCCGCGAGACCAAGGAGGUGUACGAAGGAGAGGUCACAGAGCUCACGCCGGAGGAAGCCGAGAACCCUCUUGGCGGCUACGGCAAGACUAUCAGCACCUUGAUGAUCGGACUGAAGAGCGCGAAGGGCCAGAAGAAGCUGCGCCUCGACCCUAGCAUAUAUGAGGCAAUCCAGAAGGAGAGAGUCACCGUGGGUGAUGUCAUCUACAUCGAGGCCAACACUGGCGCUUGCAAGCGCGUCGGUCGGUCAGACGCCUACGCCACAGAGUUUGAUCUCGAAGCCGAAGAAUACGUGCCUAUUCCCAAGGGCGAAGUCCACAAGAAGAAGGAGAUUGUGCAGGACGUCACGCUUCACGAUCUCGACGUGGCAAACGCACGACCGCAGGGCGGUCAGGACAUCAUGAGCAUGAUGGGCCAACUGAUGAAGCCGAAGAUGACGGAAAUCACAGACAAGCUUCGUGCGGAGAUUAACAAGGUCGUCAGCAAGUACAUCGACCAGGGUGUCGCAGAAUUGGUCCCUGGUGUGCUCUUUAUUGACGAGGCUCACAUGCUCGAUAUCGAAUGCUUCACCUACCUCAACCGAGCACUGGAAUCGAGUAUCUCUCCCAUUGUCGUGCUUGCAUCCAAUCGCGGCAUGUGCACCAUUCGUGGGACAGAUGACGUCGUGGCAGCCCAUGGCGUCCCUCCGGACUUCCUUGCCCGCCUGCUCAUCAUCCCAACAACCCCUUACGAUGCUGAUGAGAUCAAACGUAUCGUGCGCAUCCGUGCGACAACUGAGAACGUCUCACUAUCUGAUGGCGCCCUCGACAAGAUUGCGGAGCACGGUGUCCGCAUCAGUCUGCGAUACUGCCUCCAAUUGCUCACGCCGGCAAGGUACGUAUUUUUCUUUCUUUCUCGAUGACGUGCAUACCAUGGGCAGAUGCACGCCAUGCGUUCUGAGCUAUAAGCCCUGACACCCUCUUGAACAGCAUCCUCGCUCGCGUAGGCGG